AUGAGUUUGUGGGCUGACAAAUAUAAACCAACUACACUGGAUCAAUUGACAUAUCAUGACGAUCUGUCUUUGCAUUUGAAGCGACUGGCUGCUAGUGAAAACUUUCCACACAUGCUGUUCUACGGACCUUCUGGUGCCGGAAAGAAAACACGCCUUGCCGCCGUGCUUAGAGAAAUAUAUGGACCUGCCGUUGAGAAACUCAAAAUCGAUCAACGUCAAUUCAUCACAAGCUCCAAUCGUAAAAUGAUCUUUACCGUCGUCUCCAGCAAUUUCCACGUUGAAUUAAAUCCUAGUGAUCUCGGCAUGUACGAUCGUGUGAUUGUACAGGACGUAAUCAAAGGCAUAGCACAAACACAGCAAAUUGACGCCAACGCAAGGCAUCCAUUCAAAGUGGUGGUCAUCGAUCAGGCCGACGAACUCACACGAGAAGCCCAGGCAGCACUGCGUCGUACCAUGGAAAAAUAUACAUCCAAUAUGCGUUUAAUUCUGUGCUGUAACAGCUUGAGUAAAAUUAUUGCCCCUGUUCGAUCCCGUUGUUUACUCGUGCGGGUAGCUCGUCCUGAUAUUGAAGAGGUCACCGAAGCUUUACAACUGGUCGCGAAAAAGGAAGGCUUCCCGCUCAACAAAACUCUCGCUCAGAAUAUCGCUCAAGACACGCAGUGCAACUUACGAGCCGCCCUGUUGUCUCUCGAAAGCACAGCCGUACGACAUCCAGAUCUGGCCGAUGUUCAGCGACCGGAAAAAUUGGAUUGGGAAGUAGCGAUCAACAAGAUUGCAAAAAUGAUUUUGGAGGAACAAUCGCCUGCGAGAUUACUUGCCGUCCGAACACAUUUGUACGAUCUUAUCUCCCAUUGCAUUCAAUCUAGCCUCAUCAUCAAGAAUUUGGCUUUUGAGUUGGCGGACGCAGUCGAUAACGAUUUCAAAAAGAUCAUCAUUGAAAAAGCAGCUUUUCACGAGCAUCGAUUGCGAGUGGGAAGAAAAGACAUUUUUCAUUUAGAAGCAUUCGUUGCCAGUGUUAUGUCCGCAUACAAAAUGUAA